AUGGAUAAUUAUCUCUACGGUUCGGUUUGGAACAAGUACAGGGGAGUAGGUGAUGAGGAUAGCUUGCCUCAUGCAUAUGGUCCUAUUAUGAAUAGUUCUUAUCGGUAUCCGCAUGAAAAUGGUUUAAACAGGAUCACAUCGCUUGAUCAGAUUAAUCAUUUUCAUGAAAAAGAAGCAAAUAGCUAUUUGGAUUUUAUGGUUUGUCUAUUACAGGUAGCAUUCUGA